UCUCAUAUCUACACACAAAACAGAUCAGAGAUCACGAAGGUAAAAAGAAGUAGUACGUAUGUUUGUAGUGUGAGUAAAUAAAUAUAUAUAUAAAAAGGCAUAAUCGAACGAUGGAGGAGAUAAUGACAAUGAUCUUCAACGGUAUCAAUCUGGUUAAGGAGCUUGAGUUCAGCUUAUCGUCACAAGAGCCGCCAGAAUCAGAUUUAUCUAGUUCUCUCGGCUCGAUCUCCACUUUAUUCGGAGACGCAAACGAGCGGCUUACAAUCCUACUAGCGUGGAGGAACUCUUUGCCUCAACAGGAACCGGUUCGAAUGAUGGAUAUGACGAUGCAGACAGAACCGGCUUUGACGCAGGACCACUGGUUAAGGUGCCCUGUGAUGCGGACAGUAGAGGCUAUUGACACCUCGAGGCCAAGGCAUCAAAAAAGGAGGAUUAUAGGAGAAGAAGAAACGGUGCUGGUGGCGGCGGUGGGGAGGAUGGAGAUCCCGCCGGACGACAAUUACACUUGGCGUAAAUACGGUCAGAAGGAAAUUCUCGGUUCUACAUUUCCCCGGGCGUACUAUAGGGGCACCCAUCAGAAACUAUACAAGUGCCCGGCGAAGAAGCAAGUGCAACGGCUCGACGAAGAUCCGUAUACGUUCCGUGUCACUUACCGUAGUUCACACACGUGCCACUUAACCAAUUUCCCGAUCUCAUCAGCACAUGCCACCACAACAACUGCCAACGUACCCGCCAUCGUUAACUUGACCGAAGCUAUGAUUGGCAACAUGGACUCCGUUGUUCCAUUAUUGGGUGAACCCUACUUUAACCAUCAUUGCCUCGUUCCUGGAGAUGAUGGUGAUGGCGACACGUGGAAUUCACCUUCGCAGAGAUACGACAUGUCCUCCGGUCCUAGUUAAUUAAGCUUUUUA